GGCCAAAGCCUGAAUAAUAGAUGAGCAGGGAAAGGAGUAAGAGCUCUGCCGGACGGGACGGUGUGUGUGGGAGUGUGUAGAGAUGGAGGAGAGGAGCACAACGUGGAGGGAGCCCGGCUACGAUGGGCUGUGCAACUACGCCCAAAAAAUCACCUCCUGCUUCGGACUGGAUGUGGCUCAUGCGCAGGACACACACCACCACUCCUCAGAGAAGCCCCUGAUCCAGUGCUACAAGUGUGGGGAGCCAUGUAAGGGCGAGGUGCUGCGCGUGCAGAACAAGCACUUUCACCUCAAGUGCUUCACCUGUAAAGUGUGCGGCUGUGACCUCGCUCAGGGGGGCUUCUUCAUGAAGAAUGGAGAUUAUCUGUGCACGCUGGACUACCAACGCAUGCACGGCACCCGCUGCAAUGGCUGCGGGGUUGUGGAGGGCGAGGUGGUCACUGCGUUAGGCAAGACGUACCACCCCGCCUGCUUCGUCUGUACCAUCUGCAAACGACCGUUCCCCGCUGGGGACAGGGUGACCUUUAACGGGAAGGACUGUCUGUGUCAGUACUGUGUGGAGCCCAUGUCUCCGGGACCAAAGGACAUCCUGGGCUCCAGCAAUUGUGCAGGAUGUGGUCGAGACAUUAAGAACGGGCAGGCUCUGUUAGCGUUGGACCGACAGUGGCACCUCGGCUGCUUUAAGUGUAAGGCCUGCAGCAAAGUGCUGACCGGGGAGUACAUCAGCAAGGACGGCGCCCCCUACUGUGAGAAGGACUACCAGAUCCACUUUGGAGUUCAGUGUGAGGCGUGCCAUCAGUUCAUCACAGGGAAGGUGCUGGAGGCUGGAGAUAAGCACUACCACCCCAGCUGUGCACGAUGCAGCAGGUGCAAUCAGAUGUUCACGGAAGGAGAGGAGAUGUAUCUGCAAGGGUCGACAGUUUGGCAUCCCGGCUGCAAAAACACGACGAGAACAGAGGAGAGACACAGGGAGCGGCUCUUGCCUCCGUCCCUCUUAUUCCUCCAAAAAACACAAAGGCAGCCUACGAGGUCGUCGUCCGAGAGUAUUUGUUCCAGACCUGGUUCAAGCAUACCUGGCUCACCGGGCCACACCAUCUAUGCAAAAGUAGACAAUGAGAUCCUUGAUUACAGAGACCUAGCUGCCAUCCCCAAAGUCAAAGCCAUUUAUGACAUUGAGCGCCCCGAUCUUAUUACCUAUGAACCUUUGUACAGCACCUCCCUGGAAGAGAGGGACGAGAGACAGGAGAGUGUGGGAGAGCUCCACACUGCCAGGAGGGAGCGCUCCCCUUUACCUGAUGACAAGUCCUCAAGAAACAUGUCGCCGACCCCCCCUGGUGAGGGCUCGUACGACAGGAGGGAACGUAUCCUCCAGAGGUCCACCAGUCAGGGCUCCAUAGGAUCACCUGUUUAUAAUCGCCAUGGUUACAUCCCCACCUUGUCACGAUCCCCUCAGCAUUUUCACAGACCAGAUCAGGGGAGCAACAUCUACAGGAAGCCACCGAUCUACAAACAGCACGGUUCAGAAGGGAGGCGGCGAUCCAGAGAAGACGAGGAGGAGGAGGCCUUGAAGAGAAAGCAGCUCCAGGAGGAACAUCUCAGUAAGAUCCAGUCUGGUUUGGGGAAGCUCAUUUUGAAGGAGGAGAUGGAAAAGGAACAGAUCAGGGAGCGUCAUGCUCGAAGCCUCUCAGCUCAGCGAUACGACCCCAAACAGAGCAACUGUGACGCAGAUCCGACUUCUCCAACCAAAACGAACUCUCUGCCCGGCUAUGGAAGGAACGGGCUGCAUCGGCCCCAGUCGACAGACUUCACUCAGUACAACAGCUACAGUGACAUGUGUGGAGGAGGCAGAGAGUUUCAGCACAUUAAGGAUGGCCGUGCAGCACUUGCAAGGAUGGACAGGGGAGUAUCUAUGCCUAAUAUGUUGGAACCAAAAGUGUAUCCCUAUGAAAUGCUCAUGAUAACCAGUAGAGGGAGAGCUAAACUGCCCAGGGAUGUGGACAGAACCAGACUGGAGCGCCACUUAGCACCUGAAACGUUCUUUGACAUCUUUGGAAUGGAGAUCCAGGAGUUUGACAGGCUUCCCCUGUGGAAACGCAACGACAUGAAAAAGAGGGCCAAGCUCUUCUAGCAUGCACAUUCUGUACAUUCAUCAGAUAGCACACGACUUCUGUACUCUAGAUGUAGGUUUUUUUGGGUUUCUUUCCUUUUCUUCUGGAUCUUUCUUUUUUCUCCUGGAACACUGAUGGAAGCUGGAGACGGACUCUUUUGGCUCUGACGCUUCCUGAGACUGUGAGCAGGAUGAUUUUUACAGUUAGCUGCACAGGAAACACGAGCGGGAAUCUCUUCAGUUCAAAUAUGACAAAGAAUGCAAAUGACCGAUAAAUAGGGUCAUGUGAUUUGAUUUGCUUGUUUUUUCUUCUUUCUUUGCUUCGGGUGGAAAUGCUUUCCUUUCUUUCGUGCUUGUUUGUUCCUCCUCUUUGUUGCUGAUGAUUCCUGUGGAACUUUGUAAGUACAUUCGAACCUCAUGGCGCCGUUUUGCUCGUAGCUUGAACACGUGUCAGCUUCCCUCCGCUUGGGCUGAAACUGUUUUAGUCCAAAGUUUGCAAGAAUCGGCUCAGUGAGUCUUUGAAUUAAAAAAAAAAAACAGAAACAGUGGGGGGGGGGGGGGGGGGCGGCCAGCUGACCCAUCAGCUGUUUUAAGGAUCUUCAUAGAAAUUAAUCCACACGCCAUCAGGCUCCUCCCCUCGCCGGCUGUACACUCCAAACAUCAUCCGACCCCGACUUAAAGAAAACGUCUCUCUUCUCAGGCCACACUCUCCCUUUAUGUAUCAGAAGGACACAUCGUGAUCUAUUUUAACGCCCUAUCAAACGUACAGUAACCGACCCGCAGAUCAAAACAUUCAGAAGCAGACUGUGUUUGGAAGAACUGUUUUAUAAAUGAAACCCACACUGCCAUUUGUUGUAUUGAAAUCUAAGCCAAUAAAGCUUUAAAUCACCAUGAA